ACAUCCGGUGUGAAGGCGGGGCGGCUGGACUGUAAACACUGGUUAGCCGUUAGCUUCUCGUGUUAGCCUCAUUUUAGUGUUGAGGAGUGAAGAAGAGGAGUGAGACCUUAAAAGAAGAAUGGCUUCGCCUCCCCCCCUCUCCUCCAUGCGCCUCCUCCUCCCUCCUCUCCGCCUGCUCACGGCGGCCAUGUGGCAGGUCGCUCGGCAGCAAAGCCUGAGGCAUUAUGGGAUGCUGGAGGACUUUGUUUCCCUGGUGACGGAGGCCGUCCCGCAGCUGCUGACAGACAGGCAGAGGAGCCUGCUGCUGCUGGCGCUGAGAGUCAAGGUGACCCUCAGUGACCCAGACGCUAAUGCCAUCCACGCCCACCUGGAUAAGAUCCGCUCUGUCUCCGAGGCGACGGUGGACCAACAGGUGGAUGAGUGGUGUUCAGCUCUGUUGACUCUGGCGGACAAACUGACGCAGAGUCCGACAGACACACAGCGCCUCCUGCAGGAGGUGUUUGACCACAGCUUUGACUCCGCCCUCCAGUCCCUCAUAUCUGACUUCCUGUCCAGGAUGGACCAACUGUUUCCUGUGCCGGACUUCAAACAGGCAGCCUCCUGGCUCGACGCUGCCCCCGGUGGUCUGGAGGACUGUCUGCAGGAGGCCGACAGGGACAACCUCAGGGAGCUGCUGACCAAUCAGAGCUGUUUGCUGGGACAUGUGACCACCACAGUGGGUCCUGACACGGAGAAGAUCCUCCUCUCAGCCUGGUCCCACCCCCUCUUCACCAAACUAACCAAUCCAGAGCCUCCUCCCGCCGACGCCCAGGACCAAUCGUAUCCUCUCCUUGACGUGGAGCUGGUGAAGGUGGAGGUGGUGGUGAUGACAGAGGAUGAGCAGGAGGAGGUAGAGGAGAUUGUGAUUGGUCAGUCUCAGGUGGAGCAGGAGGCAUCCAGUGAGAGCUCAGCCGUGGGCGGAGUCACACCUGUGAUGGUGGAGUCGGACAGGUUGAAGAACUCACCUGGACGAUUGGCUGACCAAUCAGAGGACACAGGUGAGACACAUAGAGUCAGCCAGUCAGAUGCGGCCUGCUCUGAGUUUACAGCUAACGCUCUGUACAGCAUCUCCCAUAAUUCCCAGCGGGUGGCUCACAAGUGUCCUCGGUGUGGUAAAUGUUUUAUCUACAGAUCUCAGGUGAUCCGUCACUUGCGUACCAACAAGUCCUGUGGGUUGGCGCUGACGACGGGUGUAGCUGUAAACAUGCGGAGUGCACUUGAAGAAGAGCCCAGCCCCCCAGAGCCCCACCCUUCCAGGACCCACUCCUGUUUCCAGUGUAACGCCAUCUUUGAAACCAAAGCAGAGCUGCUGUCUCACCAGCGCAGCCACCGGGCGCGCCCCAUCUACCAAUGUGGCCAGUGUGACAAGGAGUUCCACCACCUGUCCAGUCUGACCAAUCACAAGCAGACGCACCUGGACAGAGGCGGGUUCACCUGCAGCAGGUGCGACAAGGUGUUUGAGUCGGCCAAAGAGAGAGACGCCCAUCGGCUGCAGCACCGGCUGCCGGACCUCACCUGUACAGUGUGCGACCAGACGUUCAGCUCUCAGACUCAACUGCUGCGACACCUGCAGACCCACUCUGUGGAGGGAGCCGAGCCCUGCUACAACUGUCGCUUCUGUGACCAGACCUUCUCAGGAGUGACCCAACUUCGUAUCCACCAGCGAACACACACUUUCCGCUCAUACCAGUGUGACCAGUGCAGCAAGACCUAUGGCUCUCUGACCGGCCUCCAAUCACACCGGGCGAGCCACACCACCGAGAGCCGCUUCCUGUGCCCGCAGUGUGGCAAACGCUUCAAGACCCGCGAUGGGCUGGAGGGCCACCUGAGGACACACACUGGGGAGCGGCCCUACCGCUGCCCCUACUGCCCUAAAGACUUUACUGCACUCGCCGGCCUAAAUGUGCACGUGCGCCGGCACACUGGGGAGCGCCCAUAUGUGUGCACGGUGUGUGGUAAGGGCUGGCCGUCUGGAGGAGACCUGCAGAAACACAUGAGGACUCACACAGGUGAACGGCCAUAUGUUUGCCAGGACUGUGGGAAGGCCUUCUCCAUCUCCUGUCACCUGACGGAACACCGGAGGAUACACACCGGAGAGAAGCCCUUCUCGUGUCCGGAGUGCGGCAAAUGUUUGCGGAGGAAGUUUGACCUGAAGAAGCACAUGUUGUCUCACAGCGACGUGCGUCCGUACGCCUGCACCUACUGUCCGAAGAGCUACACCCGUAAGACUCACCUCAACAGACACCUGCUGACACACCGGACAGCAGACAGGAAGGAGGAGUUGCCGGAGACGGCUGAUGAGGCCUGACCGGGACUCCAUCCUGCUGUGGUGUCACUGAGCAUGCUCAAUCAUCCAUCAGGAUCCGUGGUUGUUUGUUGUUGUUGUUGUUGUUGUUGUUUACAGACUCAUAAAUAAAGAACACUCCGUGGUUGGUGUGUUCAUGUGACGCUGAUACUGAUCACAAAGUGAUUAUUGAUUAUUGACCACAGGACCUGGACAUGUCGCGUUAUUUUCUCGUCUUUUAUCACACAGUGUAUUGAUUAUUAUGGGAUGUCUGUGUUGCCAUGGAGAUUUUGUAUGUGCUCUGCUUGUUGUAUAAAAGCUGUUGUGUUUCAUAUC